GGGGCAUUGACAGAACAGGGUGUGCUCGCUCGAGCGCGCCCAACAUUCCUCAGAAAACACGGACAUUCUAUUCUACAUGAGUAGAACGUCCCUGGUUUCUGAGGAAUUCGCAUUUUCAUGCUACUGUCGGCCUAUCCCCGCCUCCAGGCCCGCCUCUGUUCCCUCCCAGCCCGGCUGCUGGUACCACCUCCUUCUCCUCUUCCUCCGCCUGCUCCUUCUCCUGUCAAAACCGCCCAUCUCAUCCAAGCUGCCGUCAGGCAGCCGCCUCUCCUCCUCCCGAGGAGGCCUGAGCAGGUAAACAGCGAUCUACCUGAGAAAGGGAAACCUUCCCCCGCAUUUGGCCUUGGACGCCCCGAGCCUCUUAGGCUUGCAGAGAGGACGAUGAGCGCGGGGCGGGGGCAGCCUUGGGCCUAGUUGGGGUACCCGAAGCACCGGCCUCGCCUGGCCCGUCGCCCCGGAGAAGAGCGUUCCAGGAGCGAACGGGGAGGUAGGUGGCGAUUUUGGAGCUGGGCAGAUGCAAAUUGGGUCACCCCCCAAAAAAAAUCGGUAUGGGGGAGCCAUCAGCCGCUUGAAAGUUGGGGUUUUAAUAAAAUGCUUUCUGAUGUUGACCCAAGGAAGAAAUGAAGGGAGGGGGCAGCCCUUUUAAUGCACACCACCGUUAGCUUGAGUGGUGGGAAGAGGAGGUCCAAGUUGAUUUUUCUUUAAAAGCGCUCAUUAAGGUAUCAACCCCCUCCCCUUUAUUAUUAUGGGGAACCUUAAUGCAUUAACUGCUGUUUAUUCCUUUGGGGGCAUUAUUAAUGCAUCAGUCCCCUGUUAUUACUAUGUGGAGAUACUGGGAGAGGUGGAUGCCUUUAUAAUUUUAUUAACACUAUUACAUUUGGGUUUGUGUGGGGAGAAUCUGUCACAUGUGCUGAAUUUGGGGUGGGGCAGCCAUCUGUGCCCGUUCAUUAUUUUUAGUGGAAAAUCUAAUUGGGGGGAACAGCUCCAAACAAGUUCAUGAUUCUCCCCGUCUCACCCAGCUUUGUAAUGUGACAUUACUUUUUGGGAAGUGGGGUAUGAAGAUGGAUUUUAAAAUAUUUUCUUCAGCUGUUUCCUCUUGAAAGGGGGAGUUCUUUGGUUGUGGAAUUUUGUGUGUAUUGUUGUUUAAUGAGUUACUCUGAAAGGAAGAGUUUGUUUCAAAGUUCUGAUCGCUUAAUAUUGGUUUGUUACUGUUUAACAUGAUUUUGAUGUCCCUUUUCUGCGGAGUGGUGUGAAAUUUACACCCCUCAAUUGUCUAUAAUUAUGUAUAUUGAAUCUGACUGACAGCAUUGAACUGGGAUAGUGAUGGUAUUUCAACAUUAAACUAUAAUGUAGAUAGAAUAUGUCCUUUAAAAAAUAAUAAUACGUAUGUUCUCCAAUAUCUAUUUGUCUUCUGUGACACUGACACAAGGGCAAUCAUAGGAACAUGUCUGGGUCACAUAUAAGAAGAGCCUGGCAGAAGGAUAAGGUUAAAGGCCCAUCUAGUUGAGCAUCCUGUUCUCUCAGUGGCCAACCAGAUGCCUUUGACAGUGAUGGCGACCCUGUGGCCCUCCAUAUGUUGUUGGGACUCCAACUCCCAUCAGCCCCAGCACAUGUGGGAGUUGUAGCUUAGUAACAUCUGGAGGGCCACAGGCGCCCCACCAUUGGUCUAUAGGAAGCCUGCCAUGCAAUAAUACUCUUCCUAUUUGUGAUUCCCAGCAAAUAGGCAUUGUCACUAGUACCCAGUGAUGUAGCCUUAUUCUCCAGGAGUUUGUCUAACCUUAUUUUAAAUAUAGGAAACUUGAUGGUGGAAAGCAUUGCUUUGGGAUAAUACGCAAGAGUGUUGAUGUGACAGCUGGACCGUGCGGUCAAGGUGGACUUGAUGUUUCUUAAUUAGGGCAGAAUAUGCCCUCACAGGAUGUCAGUUAUGCCCUUUGGGUGGCAACAGAGGGCUUGUGUUGGGAGUUGGCCCACUCUUUCCUUGGAAAUCUCAGGGAUGCAAAAAUUCAAUGGAAAUUAGGUUUCUGAUGCUGUAUCUUUUUGUUUUAAAUUUGGGUAGUUUGAGGGCACGCUGGAAAAACUGCAGCUUUGUGUUGUGUAGGCAGACUUGUGUGCCUGCACCCAGAUAAAGCUGUGAAUGUCACAGUAAGGUUUGGUGCAUGUAGGAUUUAACAAAAUGCACUUGUGCCUUUUAAAAUGGCAUGUCAGUAACUAUUUGGUAGAAUGGAGGCUUUCCCUUCCACCAUGGCUCACGACACUCUACAAGAUGAUAGAGGAAAUGAUAGCCAGAAGAAUGGCAAACCUUUUCAUUGCCUUUGCUAGCUUGGAGUGAUAUGAUUUCCGGACUUUCAGCAUACUUGGAUUGCUAGAAAAAGUUGAAUCAUUAAUCUGUUCAAGGCUUGUGUUAUCGCCAGUAAAUUGUUUGUGCAGGGGUGUGGAACAUCAGGACUGAGGGCCAAAUGUGACCCUGAUUUUCUUUCAUUCUCAAUUGUUUCCAAAGUCUCUGGUUUGAUUUGCAUUUAAUUCUGGGAAUCAUUUUUUGCCCCAAACAGAACCCUGUAGAAAUAUGGUGGACUUCUGAAUACUGGACAAAGAAAAUAAAAGAAUUGGACUGUCUGUGUCUGUCUGUCCAUGGCUGCAGGAAUGGGUGGGUGGGUGGGUGCAGGCAUCUGUGAGAAACGGAGGGAGAGAAAUGUCAGGCUGGAUGAUGCAGCAGCUCCAGCUGUUGAAGGGGGAAAAAUGAUGAGUAAUGCGUCAUUCGCUCACUGGAAGGACAAUUGGCUGCUCAUUCUUGCGAGUGCUCUUUGGAGCUUUCUGUUCCUGUCAUUGUUGCUUGGAGGUUCAUUUGUUUUUGCCCUCUUCUGCCAGUACUCAGAAUAACGAUCUGUUCCUUUUCCACAGUAGCUGGGAAUCGCUGCCUAGGGGAAAAUUAAUCCCUACAGUAACAACCAUUUUUGGUUGAUUUAGCAGAGCCUAAGAUUUUGUCUCCUUGCUAGUGCCAGCACCCUCAUGUGGCAGAGAUACCAGCUGCACACACACAUUUAAAGCACAUGGCUUCCACCACCACCCCACAAAAAAAAAGAAAUAAAGAAUUCCAGGAAUUAUAUUGUUAAGGGUGCAGGGAAUUGUGACUGUGUCCAGGGCAAACUACAUUUGCUAGGAUUCUUUGGGGGAAGCUUUGUGUUUUAAAUAGAUAGUGUGGCCUCACUCCCACAGGAUGGCCACAGACUUUGAUGACUUUAAAAAAGGACUGGACAAAUUCAUGGAGGAGAAGGCUAUUGAGGGCUACUAGCCAUGAUGGUUAUUCUGUGUUGGGAUGGGCCAUCCCUGUUGAUUCAUACCAAAGUGGCAGUUAGUUCAAGACUAGGGUCUGUUUAUGCAAUGUAGUAUAGACAUCCAAUUCAUGAGAAGUCAUGGUUCCACUUUAUUAUUCACUCUAUUGCAGCUUUCCUCCACAAACUAGUGUCUUCCAGCUGGUUUUGACUACAACUCCCCACAUAUCCCUAAUGUUGUAUGUGGUUUUCCCAGUUUCUGAGUGCUUUGUUUCAUGGGUCAUCAGACAUGUACUAAAUUGUCCUUUGAAUCAUAGGACACAGAAGUGUGUUUCAGUACCUGCUCUCCUGCAACAGGAGAUUGUGUCAAUCUGUACAAGGCCCAGAGUUUUCAAGUCCAGGUAGAUUUCCUUGUCAGUAACCUUUUUUUCCUCCAGUGACCUGAAGUCAGCUCCAGGUUAUGCCAAGCUAAGGCCAUGCUAGCUAGAGGUCAACUCUGCGCUGGAAUGUGACAGGCUGAUACAUAUAUGAAGCUCACUGGGUGACCUUCAGCUUUCCACUGCCUCUCAGCCUAACCUUCCUCACAGGGUUGUUGUGGGGAUUAAAGAACAGUGGGGAGAACCAUGUAUACUACAUUGAGCUCCUUGGUGAAAAAUGUGGGAUAUGAAUGCAAUAAAUAAAUAAAUAGAACAAGAUAGGCUUGUGGUUCAGCUCCUCUCAUUUAAAACAUGAACAGAUGAGCAAGCUGAAUGUGAGAACAAUCUGACCUGUUUUGCUGUCCCCCCCUCUCUCUUGAUCCACACAGGUGAACCCAGGUGCAAAAUGAGUGAUCCCAGAGACAUUUGUCCUCACCUGGAUUCCAUAGGUGAAGUCACUAAGGAUGAUCUGCUUCUUAAAUCCAAAGUAAGGAAAAAUUCAUUUGCAAAUUCAUUUGCAAUCCAUAAACAAAUACAUUUUAAGACUGGGAUUGAGGAGAUCCUCAGUACCAUGAGAAUAUCCUUGGGGAGAAGAUAGGACUACUAAACCAGUGCAAGUCUGACUUAAGUAUGCCCUACAUGUCUGAAGGUCAUUCCUAAGAGGAAAAGUUAUACAUAGCAUCGGGGGGGGGGGGAAGCUUUGGCCAUCCACAUGCUUGCUGGACUGCAACUUCUAUCAUCCAUGACCAUUGACCAUGCUGGCUGAGGCUGAUGUGAGUUGGAGCCCUGCAAACUCCAGAGGAGGACACCAAGUUGUAUUGUUGGACUUCAACUCCCAUCAUCCCAGACUACUGGGCAUGCAGUUUGGGGCUGAUGGGAGAUCCAGGUCCGACAAUGUAGGUAGGGUCAUAGUUUCCCCACACUUGAUUGAAGAAUAGGCAUUUCUUCUUUCAUGAGGGAAUACAUCUUUUGAACAGAGGCAUUCUCUCAUCUUUUUGCAUGCCAUAGGGAAUGUUCCUCCUUAGAUCAGGGAUGGAGGGGCCUAUGGCCCUCCAGAUAUUGCUGUACUUCCAACUCCCAUCAUCCAAGCUUCAUUGGCCACACUGGCUGGAGCUGAUAUGAGUUCAGCAUCUGCAGGUGCAUCAUUUCCCUUUCCUUUGUCUGAUGAUGAGUCUGUCUCUGAGGACGAUAGGCCACUGAUAAUUAUUUCUCCUCAUAUGAAAACAGGGUACUUGCCAGUCUUGUGGAGCAGGGGGACCAAACCUGUGGGCCUGUCUUCAGGUAAAGACAUUCUUUUCAAAUAGAUUUUCCUGCAUGCAUGACUUUUAUUCUUCCUGUUGUAAAAUGUCAUUCACAGCAAGUUACUAAACUGUACAGGUAGACCUUUCACCUUUGGGGUGUGAAGUAGCACUAUUUUCUGUGCAUUGUGUGUGUAUCCACACCCACCAACAUUUUUAUUGCUCUGAAUUUCUUUUGCCAUGUUUCCACUGUGACUGUCAAUCAGCUUUGUUUCACUCCAGGUUUCCUGCCCUUAUGUUGGUUGCGGGGAAUCCUUUGCUGACCACAGCACCAUUCAUGCACAGGUAAGAGAUCUAGUUUCCCCAGGAAGCAAGUGAGCAGCCAGGAAAAUUUCCUUGGAACUUAAUUGUAACACUCCCCCAAAUGUUUAGCAUUCAACACUUCUCUCAGCCAUGUUGCUUUGAAAACACACAAGUAUUGUCUAGAUCUGAAGUCCUCUAAUUUUUUGUACUAGUUGAGGGACAUAUUUUGGAAACGUAACACACUGUUGUGGCCAAUUCUUGUGCCUAUCUUUUCCCUGCACUGUUGGAGGCAAUAUGCCUCUGAAUACCAGCUGCUCAGAAUCACAAGUUGCUGUUUCACUCAGGUCCUGCUUUUGGGCUUCCUGUUGAGGCAUAAGAAUGUAAGAAGAGGCCUGCUGGAUCAGGCUGAUAGCCCACCUAGUCCAGCAUCUUCUUCUCACAGUGGCCAAUCAGAUACGUGAGGGAUACUUGCAAGCAAGAUUCCAGCACAAGAGCACUCCCCACUGCUGCGGUUUCCAGCAGCUGGCAUUCAGAAGCAUUACUACCUCCAAGUAGCAUUAAAUUUCUGCCUCCAAUCAGAAAUAUAAAAUUGUUAGUCAGGAUUACUGCUACCUGGAGAGCAUAGCCAUUAUGACUUGUAGUCGUAGAUAGUCUUCUUCUACAUGAAUUUGUCCACUCCUCUUUUAAAGCCAUCUAUGAUUGUAGCCAUCACUUCAUCCUGUGGGGGUGAGUUCUAUAGCUUAACUAUGCACUGCCUGUCCUAAAUCUUCCAACAUCCAGCUUUGUUGAAGAGAGGGAGAAAAAUGCCUCUCUAUUCACUUUCUUCACAUCAUGCAUAAUUUUAUAAACUUCUAGAAUGUCACUUCUUACUCAUCUUUUCUCUAAACUAAAAAGUCCCAAAUGCUGCAACUUCCCUCAUAGGGAUGUUAUACUACACCUCUACUAUCAAAAGUGAUAUGCCUCUCAGUACCGGGUGCUCUGAAUUGCAUGCAAGGAGAAUUGCUGUUGCCCUCAGGUGCUGCUUGGCUGCGAGGAAAGCAGGAUGCUGGACUUCCUAGCACUCCUUUGGCCUCAUCCAGCAGAGCUAUGCUUAUAUUCUUAUUGAACCUGAGGCUCUAUCUUCUGCUUCUGCUCUGACUGCAUUGCAGUAGAAUUCAAGAUCAGUUGGAUCUUGCCUGUGCAAUUUCACAGUCCCACUUCUUGGGUACCAUAGAUCAGAAAAAUAAGAUAGUUAGUCAGUAUUACUGCUACCUAGAGCAGCAUCCCAUCAUUGAAACUCAUGGACAUGACUGAUUUUGGCUCAUUAAUUUCGAUGGGUCUGCACUGCAUAGCUGGACACAACCCAGAUUAAUUGGCGUGCUCUCUGUGUUUGUGUGUUUUUAAAUUGCUAGGCCAAAAAGCACAACCUGACGGUAAACCUAACAACGUUCCGGGUAUGGUGCUAUGCCUGCGAGAAGGAGGUUUUCUUAGACCAGCGGUUGUCCUCCCACACACCAGUCCCUCCAUCAAAAUUCAUGGACCAGGUGAGUGUUUUGUGGCAAAGCUGGAUGCUUUGAGUUACUCUUUUUCUUAGCUCAAGUGGUCAAUGUGUAAGACUAUCCCAACUUGGAAUGUAGCAGAGAAGUGUCAGGACCAGUGGGAUCUACAACACAGUAUGGUACCUUCAUUACAUAUCUUUAGGCUAAAACAUUUCUCUUCAACCAGACAUUCGGCUGAUUAACAUUCUAUGGCUUUUUAAAUGUGUUUGUGGGAGGAUAUCUAUUGGUUUGCUUUUGCUUUUGUUUUAUUAUGUGUUUUAUAUUCUCAUUUUGUAUUUUUCUGUUGUGAACCACCCUGGCAUCUUUGGAUGGGCAGUGGUAUACACUUUUAAUAAAUAAUAAUAACAUUUUUCUUUUUUUACUUUUUAAAAGCAUUUUAAUCUCGUUCUUUGGCCCCCAAAUGACUGGAAGCUUACAAAUGUCAGUGAUGAGACAGUCCCUGUCCUCAGGCCUAACAGUCUAAAAUACAUGGCAUGAAAAGAGAAGGGAUUAGGAGACAGGAGGAAAAAAGAAAACUCAGCUGUUGUUUCUUAGUUUGGAGAAAUAUACUGUGUGGCAAAGCAGAAUUGCCUUUGAUAUUUACUCCCCAACUUUCACUUCCAGGAUUCUCCUCCACCCACCCAUUCCCUAAAAGCCGUUCCCAUCGCAGUUGCUGAUGAAGGGGAGUCCGAGUCGGAAGAUGAUGACCUGAAACCAAGAGGUAAAUCCAAAGGUCUUAGAGUGCGAAAAUACCCCUUUCCUUUUUGCUUGAACACAGAAAAUAAAAACGUAGCAGUGGGCAUAAUGAACAAGCCUCCAACCCCCUCUCCUUUUUCAUUCCUUUUCUAGGCCUUACUGGAAUGAAAAAUCUUGGGAACUCCUGCUACAUGAACGCUGCACUCCAGGCUCUCUCAAACUGGUAGGUUUUCAGAGUCAUUUUCAGAUAAUUGCUAUUUACAGACUGCCAGGUUGGUGCCCUCCAGAUGUUUCAGACCUUCCUCACCCUCCAGUCAGUAUGUUUGGCACUACAAUUCCCAUUAUCCCCCAGCCAGCAUAUAUGGCAAUAUAACACCCAUCAACCCACAACCAGUAUGUGUUGCACUAUAACUCCCAUCAGCCCCCAAUUAGUAUGUUUGGCACAACUCCCAUCAACCACCAAGCCAGCACGUUGUAGUCCAAAGCAUCUGGAUGAUGCAUCAGCUUGGCAAAGGCUGCUUGUAGGCCAGAUCUGGUGGCUUCAUUGGGGCCAGGCAGAUUUUUUUUUUAGCUGCUUGGUUUCUUCCACCUUUUAUUAAAGGCAUCAAUGUUUUCCCUUUCUCUCUGCCCCCAAUUGAAGUUGUUGGAUAAAUUAUAACCCACCUUUCUUUCUUGUCUUCCUAUCAGUCCCCCACUCACUCAAUUCUUCCUUGAGUGUGGCGGUCUCGUGCGCACUGACAAGAAGCCAGCACUUUGCAAAAGUUACCAUAAGCUGAUUUCUGAAGUGUGGCAUAAGAAGCGGUGAGUAAAUCUAGGACACUGUGGCUGUAGGGACCACAGCUCACUGGUAGAGCACUUGCUUUGCAUGCAGAAGGUCCUGGUGUUGUUUUUUUUAAAAAAAAUAAGAUUUUUAAAAGGUUUUUACACGAUACAGUAAGAGAAACUAAUUUAAAUUAAAACAAAAGCAAAGAGAGAAAGAAAAAAGAAAACAACGAAGGAAAACAAAAAAUAGAAGAAAAGAAAAAUAAGAGAAGAGAAGAAAAAUAAUAAGAACUACAGUGGACACUAAGGUUGCGAAUGUGAUCCGUGUGGGAGGCACAUUCACAACCUGCAGUGUUCGCAACCCGCAGUGCCACAUCUGCGCCUGUGCAGGUCGUGAUUUAGUAUUUGUGCUCAUGCGCGAGCGCUGAAACCCAGAAGUAACCUGUUGCUGUACUUCUGGGUUUGGUGCGGUGCGCAACCUGAAAACAUGCAGCCUGAAGCAUCUGUAACCCAAGGUAUGACUGUACUGAUUUUCCAUCUGUCAGUUACAUAAAAGACAUUACUCAGAAUAUUCACUAUAGAAUGACACCCAACUGAUCUACAUUCUGUUAGGCAAUACUUUCCCAAUCUUCUGACUCGGGUUCUGUUCCCAGUGGCAUUCUAAUUUUAUGAAAGAUAAUAUCUAGGUAGGGCUAAGAAAAGUCUCUCUGCCUGAAACCCUGGAGAGCUGAUGCUAGUCUAUAGACAAUACUGAGCUAGAUAGACCAAUGGUUUUUAAUGUAAUUAGGUUUGUUUAAAUAAACUCAUCAGGGCCCCAAGUUAUUAGGGGCUCUAUGUACCACCUGUAACACCUUGAAUUUGAAAUUUAUCUUGCACAUCUCCAGAGAUUCUAUACAUUUUCAACUUUGCUUUUUCUUCCCUAAAACCAGCCCAAGUUAUGUCGUCCCCAGCAGCCUGUCGCAUGGAAUCAAGCUGGUCAACCCUAUGUUUCGAGGGUAUGCACAACAGGUGAGGCGGAUGGCAAAGGGGCAAUCCCAGAUGUUUCUGAUUCCCUCUUCCUGCUGCAGUAAGAAAAUUAUAUUCUCCUGUGCUGUGAGAAGUUAAACAGAUGCUGUUUCAGUUAGGGAGCCAAGGCAGAGACUGAGUUACUGAUACAACAUGUAGCCUUCCAGCAAGCAGAGGAUUCCAUUUGCCAUGAAGUAUAAUAGGGCAGGGGUGGGGAAUCUUUUUAAGCUUGAGGGCCAUAUUACUUUCUGGGCAAUCAUCUGGGGGCCACAUGCAAUUUUGCUCCCCUCCCCAGCAAUCACAAAACUUUUUAUGGGAGGAUUGUACAGCAUCUACAUUGCCUGAAGAAAAGGCCCCAGGCUCAGUCCCUGGCAUCUCCAAGUACAGAUGCGAUAGAUCCUUGGAGAGCUACUGCCAGUCAGUGUAGACAAUACUGAGCUUGAUGGACUAACAGUUCAACAGUAUAGGCAGCUUUUUAUUUAAUUCUUCCUUUCGUUCAGAAUCAUAGGGACUAGAAUCUUACCUUUUUUUUUAAGGAGAAGGGCCAUAACACAUUGGCAAAGUACCUGCUUUGCAUGCACAAGGUGUCUUGCUCAAUUCCCACCAUCUUCAGGUACAGCUUGAAGAAGCCUCUGUCUGGAGAUCCACUGCCUGUAGAGUCAGAGUAGGGAAUCUUUUUCAGCCUGAGUGUUGCAUUUUCACAUGGGGACCAUCUGGGGGCAUAUGCCAGUGGUGGGCAGAGCAACAGGCGUGAUUCUUACUUUUGUACAGUAGGUUACACUCCAACCACAGAUAGAAGCCUAAGCUUUCUACACUCCUCCUCUCUCCCCACAUCUUCCAUCCAUAUUCCCGCCAGGGGGAAGCACAAGAAGAGGGGGCAGAGCAGGGCUGUUGGAAGACAAGUUCUGGGGAGAGGGGGUGUGACCUAGAAAGAGGUUGAAUAGAGCACCCUAGAGAGCUGCAUUUGGCCCCCAGGCCUGAAGUGUCCCAUACAAUAUUUUCUUCUCUGCACAUCCACCCCAGGACACCCAAGAAUUCCUACGCUGCUUGAUGGAUCAGCUCCACGAAGAGCUGAAGGAGCCAGUCAUGGCCGAGACCCGGGACUCCGACUUAAGCGACAUGGAAGACAAGCGGGAGUGUGACCGCAGCCCCUCAGAGGACGAGUUCCUUUCCUGUGACUCAAGCAGUGACCGGGGCGAAGGGGAUGGGCAGAGCAAAACUGGGAGCUCCCUGGCAGAGGCCGAGCUGCUGAUCCAGGACGAGGCUGGGCGGGGGAUUUCUGAAAAGGAGCGGAUGAAGGACCGGAAGUUCUCGUGUAGCCACCGGCGGAGCAACUCGGAACAAGUGGAUGAAGAUGCUGAUGUUGACACCUCUGUGACAGCAGUGGAUGGCAGGGCUUCCCCAGAAGCGCUCCCUCCUUCCACACCUCAUCCAGCCAGCCCCUCUAGGACCCCAGGUACUCCACAACAGGUUCAGUGUGUAAUGCUCUUGGCACCUGUGCCUGAACCUUGGAAGCUGCAUCUCUCGUACGCACCAUUAUUCAUAUUUUUUCACUAGUUUUAAGGGAAGGGCCAUAGCUCAUAGCAUCUCUCAUUGAAAGGGGGUCUAACUUCCCUAGGAGAACUUUACUCCUGAGGAGUCCUUGUGUGUAGUAGGACAUUGGAUUUUGCAUUUGAAGUGUCUGCUUUCCCUUGGACUUGGGACUUGGCCUUUAUGCCAGAGGAUGAACUAACUCUGGGUGCAGACAGCCCACCCUGCUUUGGCCUUGUUGCAGGAUCUCUGCUCCUUACCCCCAUAUGGAGCUUGGCUCAGGGCUAGGAGUAAGGCUGUGGCCUCCUGGUCCUCCCUUGAUGAGGAAUCUCAAAGCUGAAGCAGACUCUGGCUACAUUUGGAAAUUGUAUCCUGCCUUUUUCUCCAAAGUGUUCAAGGUGGCAUACAUGCUUCUCCCCCUCCUUCUUUAAACCCCACAACAAAUAUUGUGACGUAGUCAAAACAAAAUAAAAAAAAUUCCUUCCAGUAGCACCUUAGAGACCAACUAAGUUUGUUAUUGGUAUGAGCUUUCGUGUGCAUGCACACUUCUCCAGAUAUGCACACGAAUGCAAACUUAGUUGGUCUCUAAGGUGCUACUGGAAGAAUUUUUUUUAUUUUGUUUCUACUAUGGCAGACCAACAUGGCUACCUACCUGUAACUAGAAUUGUGACGUAGGUUAGGCUGAGUGGAAGUGCCUAGCUCUAAGUCACCCAGUGUGCUUGUUGGCCAAGUGGGGAUUUGUACUCUGGUUUCCCAGGUGCUAGGCUGACACCCCAGUAUGAGCACCAUGGCCACUACUCUUUCUAGUUGCUUCUCACUCCUUGCACACAGAUCAGUCCCUAACCCCAGAGAAAGAGGGAAAAUGUGUGCACCUUCUCCCAGGGAUCUGGUUGAAAGUUAGAUCCGGAAGAAUUAAUCUGAGCCUUUGAAGCCCAUAGAGCUGAAAUAGGAAAUGGAAAAGAGUGUCACCCUUCCCCAUUUCUUCCUUCAGCUCUAUAUACUUUCCCAGGGAGAAGAAGGUUAACUGUCCCACCACUCCAUGCCCAAAUGGGCAGUGAAUGGGGAAGCCCAGAGGCCUUUUAGGCACCAGGGAAGGACCUCAACAAUACCAUGGCGCCCAGAGGCACCACAUGGCGACCCCUGAACUAGAGGGUCAGGCUGGAAGAACUAUGCCUGUCUUGCUAAAGCCAUAAUAUCCCCACCUUCUGCCAUGAGUAGAAGGUGCUCAAGUGCUUGGUAGCCAAUCUGAGAAGUAAAUUAAAUAAAAAACAAUUGGGGCUGAGUUGGUGCCCAGAGAUGAGGGAUUGGCUGGCUGAGCUUGUCAGACAAAACUUGUGUUCCAGUCCUCUCCACAGACAAUUUGUUUCCUUUCCUUGCAACAGAACCAGAUAAUGAUGCCUACACACGCUGCUCCUCUCGGCCUUGCAGCCCUGUUCAUCACGAAGUGCAUUCCAAGCUCUCGAGCAGCCCCCCACGCUCGAGCCCUGUGCGGCUGGGAUCCUCCUAUGUGCUGAAAAAGGGUAAGUCCAGGAAGCUUCCGGGUUGAGCUGCUUCUGUGGUAGUUGUUUUCUCUAUAAGAACAUAAGAAGAUCUCUACUGGACCAGACCAGUGGGCCCACAUAGUCUAGCAUCCUGUUCUCACAGUGGCCAGCUAGAUGCCCGUGGGACUCCCUCAAGCAGGAACCCAGCACAAAAGCUCUCGCCUAGUAUUCAGAAGCAUUACUGCCUCUGAACAUGAAGGCAAAGCAUAGCCAUCGCUAGUCUCCUCCUCCAUCUCCUCCAUGAAUUUGUCCAAUUCUCUUUCAAAGCCAUCUAAUCUGGUGGCCAUCACUGCCUCCUAUGGGAGGGAGUUACAUAGUUUAACCAUGUGUUAUUCAUCUCCUGAGGGCAUCCUACUUGUUCUUUAUGUGGACCCACCUCCCAUUCAAUCCUCUCCAUCUGUGCAGAGUUUCUAUGAUAGUAUUCCAAAGAGAGAACUGGUGAGGCGAUUACCAAACAACAACGCCCAAACCUAUUGCCAUAGCAAUAAAACAACAAUACGAUAUACAAAGAAUAGAAAUAAAAAGUCAGUUAUAUAAAAUACAUUUUAGGGCUUUGAAUCAAUAGUCAAAUAGUGGAUCUUAUUCUGAUUGCCCCAGCUAAAAACCUUGCAACCUUUGCUGUCACCUGCUCAUCUUAAUCUGCCAAGAGAAAGGACACUGUGGCAGUGGUUGGGUGACCCAGAAUGGACAAUUAAAGAGGUGUGAUAACUUCAUUCCUCAAGUCUUUAUAAAGAGUGCAAGCCAUAAGGGCAUGUGCCACUGAUUCGGUACUGCCAUCUCCACAGGAACAUAAGCGUUUGUCGUGUGGAAUCUGUUGGAAUCGUCCCUCAAGUACAGCCAAGGGCAAUAUAUUCAAUCUUGCGCAUCUAUAUUUUAGAAUUGCUAGGUUAUGCAGAUAGUGUGCCAGAGAGUUGAAAUGGGAAGGUAGAAAAUAGUCAUACCAUGGGCAAAAUUUCCUUAUUGUGGCCAAGUUGUUCUGACGCUCGAUAUCAUUUACGCGCUGACAAAUUAAACUGUUUGCUUUACUAAAACCCAAAGUGAGUAGCUGUUGUAGUGAUAAACCAAAAGAGUGAAGUUUUUGAUAGACAAUUUUAGUUCAGGCGCUCUUGUGAUAAUCUUGUAGCACUAGGGAUAUUAGACUGGGGGGAUUUGAGUUUAGGCAAAGCCAAUAGUUAAGUGUCCUACACCAGAUCCGUAAUUCUACCGAGGGAAGAUUAGCAAACCUAUAAAACUGUUUGGCUGCCAGUUCAUUUCUGGGUACAAAGUACUCACUCCAGCGUUCAAAGUUCUAAAAGAUCCAGGCCCAUAUUAUCUGAGAGACCGCCUCCUUUCCUUACAGAACCUCCUGGGGGCCCUUUCAUCUUCCAUUAGGAAGAACUUUCUGAUAGUAAUAGCAGUUUGAUGGUCCCUCAGGAGGCUGUGGACUCUCCUUCAUUGGAGGCUUUUAGGCAAAGUUUGAAUGGUCAUCUAUAAUGGAUGCUUUAGCUGAAAUCCUUGCAAGCGGUUGGACUAGAUGACUCUUGAGGUCCCUUCCAGCUCUACAGUUCUCUAAUUCUGUGCUUCUUGGUAGUUCCACCUCCUUCAGAAGUUUGGGGUAGUAGUAGCAUCCUGGGUGAGGGCCUUCUUUGAGGCAGCCCCUAAAUUGAGGAAUUCCUUCUGCACAGAGGUGGGUCUGGCUUCUUUGCUAUACAGCUUUCAGCAAAGACACACCUCUUUACCCUGGCUUUUGACACCCAAAAUGUGUGUUUUCAGGACCCACCCUGUUUCUGUGAAUGUGAUGUGUUUUAACUGUUCUCAAUUCUGAAUUUUAAAUUAUAACCAGUCCUGGGACCUGCUGGUAAAAGGGUGUGUGAUAUACAUUUGUUGUUGUUGAUUAUGAUAAAUUAUAAUUGGCAUCACACUGCCCUUAACAAACCCAACUUCCCUCUGAGAGGGGCCACAUCCUGGCAAACAGCAGAGCUGGCCCUGAAUCAGGGAUGUGAGGUCCAUUCAGACACAUUUAAGAUGUGUGUUUUUGGGACCCACUCUGUUCCUUUAUAUUGUAAUCUCUUUUAACUGUUCUCAAUCCUGAAUUUUAAAUUGUUGUAACCUGCCCUGGGACCUGCUGGGAAGGGGGGGGGGCAGUAAAUGUAAUAAUAAUAGUAGUAAAAAUACAAUCUCCUUCCUCAGCUCAGAUGUUGACUUCCAGCAAGAAGAAGAAGGAGAUCCGUUACCGCAGCGUCAUCUCUGACAUCUUUGACGGCUCCAUCCUCAGCCUGGUCCAGUGCCUCACCUGUGACCGAGUGCGUUCCCUUACUGCUGCUGAUCCAGGGAAAAUGGCAAGAGGCCCACACUUUCCAAAUCCCCUCCUCCUCCUCUGGUGGGGGGUGGGGGAGCCUUUGGUUUGAACAUCUAUGCCAAGUCAGAUCAUUGGCCCCUUUUAGCAAAGCAGUGCCUGCUCCAGGAGUGGGGAGGCUCAGGCCCAGGGGCCCAGUGUGCCCCCACCUGCCCACCUGGCCCUCAAGAAUCACCUCAGGCCGCACACCCUUAGACCAUUCCUCCUCUCAUUAGCCUCCUCAAGUUCUUCUGCAUGUCUGAGAGAAAGAGAGAGAUGUGUGUAGAAAUCACUGACUUUUUCUGAUGUGGCCUGCUCCACAAGGCAGAACCAUGAAAUCCCCUUUUCUCCCAGAGGUUCCUUCAAUAUGUUAGCCUGGUUGUGUUUUGAAGGCUCUCCUUCAACUCCUUUUAUACAGCCCCGACCGCCUGACCACAUAAGGAGGAGAUGGAUCGCAGCUAAUCGGUCCAGCUCACAUGCUGAUCUCCAGCUAAAAGACCAUGGGCAGUGGCUUCUGUCCCUUUACUUGCUUUUGCAUCUGGCCCUGCCCACUGCUGGCAUGUGGCCCUCAGAAGGUCACCCAUGAGAGUAUAUAGCCCCCGUGCUGAAAAAGGCUCCCCGCUCCUAGGGUGGAUCUAAACACAGGAAAAAAACGCUAUAAAUAAGUCAGAAAUUAGAUCAUUAUAACAAAAGAAAUCCCUAUGGAAAACCGCAUUUUAAAAUUUCCUGCUCUCUGGCAUCAUCAGGUGUUGCACAUUUAUAACACAUUCAAAUUGCUGUUUCUUUACUAAUGUAGCUGAGUCCCUAGUCUGCUCAUUUGUGUAUUCUCCAGAACCCCUGGAAAUGUCCCAGUCUUGCUAUCCACAGUCUUUUAGGAAUCACACGUGGGAACAGAGCUUUCCCACCCAUUCCGUGCUUGCUGUCUUCCCAGAGGCAUCUGGUUGGCUACUGUUAGAAUGGAAUGCUGGAAUAGAUGAGCUGUUGGUCUGAUCUAGCAAAGCUCAAGUUUUCUCCCUUCACUGUCAAUGUCUGUAUGCCUCUGAAUACCAGUUGCUUGGAAUUGUAGGUGGGGAGAGCUCUGCUGUUGCGCUUAGAUCCUGUUUGCAGGCUUUGCAUUGGGGCACCUGGUUGGCCCCUGUGAGAACAGGAUGCUGGACUAGGUGGGCCAUUGGUCUGAUCCAGCAGGGCUCUUCUGAUACUGUUCUGUUUAAGGUUUUUAGCGAAGCCUGAAAACAGAACACGAGCCCAACCACACCUCCAAACUUCCAGUUACACCAGCAGCUGGUUUUCAGGAGGGUACUGCCUCUGAGAUAGUGGCCACCAGCCACUGACAUCCUCCGUUUUCCUCCUGUGGUGCCUCCAGGUGUCCACCACUGUGGAGACAUUCCAGGACUUGUCGCUUCCCAUCCCUGGGAAGGAGGACUUGGCCAAGCUGCACUCUGCCAUUUACCAGAAUGUGCCAGCCAAGACAGGAGCCUGUGGGGAUAACUAUGCUGCCUCGCAGGGCUGGAUCGCCUUCAUCAUGGAGUAUAUCCGGAGGUGAGCAGGCUGCAGAAGCACCUUUUCAGGUAUUGGAGUUGUGGGAGGGACAAGGUUCAGCCAGGUGCGUUCAAGAUGAAAAUGAGGGGAAAGCAUGUCUCAUUUAUUUCAUAAAAUUUAUACAACAACCCUCAAAGCAUACCAAAGAUAAAACAUAAAACUGUGAAAAUUUUUCAAUCCAGACCAGGAAUGGCUGUAGCUGUUGAACCAGCUGCAGUUGGUAUAAGGCACUUCUAUUCACUGAGGCUACCAGAGCCUCCCGUGACAGAGGUGGAUCCAGAACAUCUCCAAACUUCAAACUUGCUCGUUUGAGGGGCGUGCAACUUCAUCCAGGGUAGGCAGCUGACCAAUUUCUUGACAUGGGAGCUACUUACCUAAAGUGCUUCCGUCUUGCCAGAAUUCAAGCUCAGCUUGUUGUUCCUCGUCCAUUCCACCACUGUGUUCAGGAAAUGGGACCACACAUCCCCUCCUGAUUCAGAUCUUAUGGAGAAUGAGAGUUGAGUGUUGUCAGCACACUGAUGGCACCUCACCCCUAAACUCCUGAGAACCGCUUGCAACAGCUUCAUGUAGAUAUUAAAUAGCACAGGAGAUAAGAUAGUCCACUACAACACUCCAUAACACAGCCAGGGGCUGAAAUACACUCUCCCAAUGCUGCUUUCUGGACUCAGUCCUGAAGGUAGGAUUGGAAUCACUGUAAUACAGUGCCUCCAAUUACCGUUCCCAGAGCUGGUCCAGGAGAAUACAGUGGUUGAUGGUGUCAAAAGUCAAUGAAAGAUCAAGAAGCAGGAGCAAAGUCAUACUCCCCGGUCCUGCUCUUUACAUGGGUCAUCCAUUCAAGGCAACCAAGAUCACCUCAGUUCUGACUGCCAGGCCUGAAUCCACAUUGGAAUGGAUCUAAAUAAUCUGUGUCCUCCCAAAAUGCCUGGGGUGAAGCCAGAUGCAAAAUGCUUGCUUGGGGGCAGAGCCAAAUGCCGACAGCACCCCCAUGAACCACACACUGGAAUAUCCUGCAGGUAACAAGAGCAAAUCUGUAUCUGACUUCCUGGAUGUAGGGACACAGGAAGCUGCCUUGGGCAGGGUCCGAAUCAUCAAUUCCCCCAGUUCACUACUGGUAACGCUGAGUGGCAGCAGCACUCCAGGGUUUUCUGGCAGGGGCUUUUCUCAGCCCUACCUGCAGGUGCCAGGGAUCCUUCUGCAUGCAAAAUGUUUGCUUUGCUACUGAGCUUUGGCCCAUUCCAUGACAGAACUGGCUAGAGGAGCCAGUAAUGGUAAUGCUCAUGUUUUACAUGUGAAGAGUGUAAAGGCUGAGAGAGAAGCAAAUAGUAUGAGGCUCACCACUAUACAGACAUGUAAUAGUAUAAUGUUCUGUAUAUUAUAUAAACAUUUACUAUUUUAUUUGUUAAGCUUUUUGGAGUCAAUAACUCCCUGUGAGUCAGCCCUGAGUAAUACCUUCCUUGCUCCUCCUACAGGUUUGUGGUGUCCUGCAUCCCCAGCUGGUUUUGGGGCCCGGUGGUCACCCUGGAGGACUGCCUUGCUGCCUUCUUUGCUGCAGAUGAGCUGAAAGGUGUGUUGGCCAGGAAGGAGGCCAAGAUGUUUGUUUCUUUUUAUUAAAUGUCUUGCCCUUUGCUCCUAAGACUGUUAACAACUGCAAAAAAAGAAAAAGUAUAAAAGCCAUUAAAGGCAGUUUCACGUAUUAAAAAAAGAAAAACAGUUCUGUAUAUAAGAGUGCAAAUACAGCUCCCAUAUAGACUGAAUGCAGAUUCUACUUAAAAGGCUUCUUGAAAAGAGGAAGGCCUUCUGCAGCUGUCAAAAACAACAACAGUGAUGGUGCCUCUGAUGGGAGGGAAUUCCAAAGAGUGGUGCCUCGGAUGAAUUCAUUCAGAACCUUCUUCAUCUUGCCUGUUCUUGGUCUCUAAGGGAGUUUCCUUGUGAGCCAGGCUGAUCAGCUGAUGAGCUGAAUGAAGGGAAUUCCAGGUCUAAAGUGGUGCUGGGGGGGGGGGCAAGGGCAGAGGGAGAUUUCAGGUUCAAAUCCUGUUUGGAUGUGAGGCUGUCUAAACAGGGUUAUUUUAUUUUAUAUCACUUACUAGUUGUCUAACACUGAGCAGUCUUGAGCUGACUGAAAAUCAAGUUUAAGGGUAUGUGAAAUUGUUUAAAAUAGCUGUCAAAAUUUAAAACCACAACUCCCAUCAGCCUCAGCCAGCAUGGGCAGCAGCCAGGGAUUAGGGGAGUAGUUGUCCAACUUCAUUUGGAGGGCACGGCAUUUGGCUGUCCCUGAGGCAGGCAAUACUGGGCUAGAUGGGCCAGUAGUCUUCUUUAUAUCUGAAAGGCUAUAGAUCAGUGAUAGAGUAUCUGCUUUGCAUGCAGAAGGGUCCCUGGUGAUGGGAGUUGGUAAGAGGAUAUAUUAAUUAUAGUUAAUCCUCUACUAACAGACCCACAUGUGUGGGUUAAUGAACAAAGGAAAAAACGGCUGGUGCUUGUUUUUAAACACAGGGCCAGCAAACAAGAGUAUUAAAUCCAAUCAUUAGGCAGAUUAAUGAAGCAUAGGAAUAGGCUAUUAAACCUUCUUUCCUUCUGUUCAGCUGCGUGUUACAGCUGACCCCCAUUUACCCCCUUUUCAGUGAAACAGACAAUGGACUGCAAAGGAAGUUUAAAAAGCUUUACUAGGCCUCUGACAUGCAUCUUUCCUUAUGCAAGAAUAAUAAAAUAACUCAGCUAAUGAUAUUCUUUGUGUUAUAGGAAUUCUAAGGUCUUAUAUAUAUAAAUCAUAUGUUCAUAAAUCUACAAGGCAAACCACAUGUCUGAAAUAGUACAGGAGAGCAAUCCUGAAGCCAUUUUGACUCUUCCAGUGACCUCAGAUAUUCUCUGCAAUGAGGAAGGAAAUGGGGAAAGCCUCCCCAUUGUCUCUUUGUUCACAAACCCUGUCUUAAGGGUGUAUUUGUGCAUGAAUAGGGUGAGCCUGUGACAUGGAUUCAGGAACUAAGUAUUUAGCAUCUCAAAAGGAAUGGCUGGACUUCCUAGAUAAAGCAAUCAAGUGACCAUUAUCAGUAUCUUGCCAGACAGGAUUUCUGUGGUAGACCUCCCAAUUGAUGUAUUUCUGCUGUAGACCCCUGCCUCCUGUGAUGUAUGUAUGAUGUUUUGGGGGAUGGUCUUGAGCUACAGGGUGGGCAAUUUCAAGAGUCGUUCGGUCCCAGCUCCUGCCCACCUAGCAGUUCGAAAGCACUCUUAAGUGCAAGUAGAUAAAUAGGUACCGCUCUAUAGCGGGAAGGUAAACGGCAUUUCCAUGUGCUGUGCUGGUGCUGGCUCGCCAGAUGCAGCUUCGUCACACUGGCCACGUGACCCGGAAGUGUCUUCGGACAGCGCCGGCUCCCAGCCUCUUGAGCAAGAUGAGCGCGCAACCCUAGAGUCGGACACGACUGGCCCGUACGGGCAGGGGUACCUUUACCUUUAUAUAAAGGCUUACUCACCUCCUAUGUGUGGUGAGUGGGGACCCUGUUGCAACGGUUUAAUAAAGAUCAGGCUUACUAGCUGUUUUGCUUCUCAGUAUUCUCUGGCUGGCCUCUGUUAUUUUCUUCUACCGAUAGAGAACCUACAUAAGGACUCUAUACAGGCUCUUGGAUACCCCAUAAGGGAUAAAAGAGCAGGGUUUUUUCUUACAUUACAAAUGCAGCAAAGCAGCUUCAGAAGUGUGCCUGAGGCUGGGAGCUAAGCUGAGGUAUGUCCGCCUCCAUUGCACACAGAGAGAACAAGGAACAAGAAACAGGCUUUCCUUCCUCUCAGGAGAAGAGGGUGCCAGAGUCACUGAGCCUGCUCUAGAAAUUAGAACUCUGUGGUCCUUAACCCCUUCAUAUACUAAUAGAAUCAUUAGGUUUGAGUGCAAAUCUCCCACACCUGGUUCAUUCCAACUCUGGAACCCUGGAGGGCUGUUGCUAGUAAGUGUAGAUAAUACUCAGAUGGACCAAUGGCCAAAGUCAGCAUAAGGCAUCUUCCUAUACAGUGGUACCUCGGGUUAAGAACUUAAUUCGUUCUGGAGGUCCAUCUUAACCUGAAACUUUUUUUAACCUGAGGUACCACUUUAGCUAAUGGGGCCUCCCUCUGCCGCCGCGCAAUUUCUGUUCUCAUCCUGAAGCAAAGUUCUUAACCUGAGGUACUAUUUCUGGGUUAGCGGAGUCUGUAACCUGAAGCGUCUGUAACCUGAGGUACCACUGUAUUCAUAUCUGCUUCCCUGCUGUGUGCAACAGAUUGGAUAAAGUGCUUCCCUCCACCCUCUUUCAUUUUUCUUUCUAUAGGUGACAACAUGUACAGUUGUGAACGAUGUAAAAAGUAAGUCCCUGGCUCCUUUUUUAAGUGUUUUGAAUACUGCCCUACUCUGCCUUUUAUUUUAUUUGUUUAUUAAAUUCGUGUACUGCCCUUCAUACAAAGAUCACAAGGUGGUUCAAACCUAAAAAUACAAACUCAGAACACAAAAUAUGUAAAAAAGCAAAAACAAAAACCAACCAAUAACACCCCCACUCCCAUAAAAGGGCCAUAGACUGUUAAUCAGCCAAAGGCCUGGUUACAGUGGGUUGGUUUGUAUGGGGAGAAGUGGUCCUUGUUGGGAUUUGCAGUUUAAUAAAUAUUCCAGAUGGCCAAUUCACUCUUCAUUCCCCCCCCCUUUCUCUUCCCCAGGUUGCGGAAUGGAGUCAAGUACUGCAAAGUUCUCCGGCUCCCUGAGGUAAGCAGAUAAAGCCAUGUUGGUUUAUAUCCUGAGACAGCGACCUCUUCAUUCCAUGCAGUGAGGAAAUUGGAGAUGAAAGGCAUUCUGAUGUGGCCCUUAUUUUUCACUUUUGAAAAGAGAGAAUAGUCCUUUAUUCACUUCUUCAUCCAGCAUAGUUUACAUAAAGUGAGUUAUAGCUAAUUGGUUGAGUGCAUGCACAUUGAAUGCAGAAGGUCCUGGUUUUUAAUAAAAGGAAUCGUGUUAACAUUCUAUGGCUUUUUAAAUUUAUCUAUGGGAGGAGAUUUAUUGGUUUGUUUUUGCUUUUGUUUUGUUCUUAUGCAUUUUGUAUUCUUGUUUUGUAUUUUUCCGUUGUGAACCAUCCUCGCAUCUUCAGAUGAAGGGCGGUAUACAGCUUUAAUAAAUAAUCAUAAUAAUAUAGCUGGAGGAUAUUAUUUGGAGGUAAUAAGCCUCUGAAUGCUAGUAGCUGAGAACCACAGGUGGGAAAAUUGCUGUUGCAUUUGGGUUCUGCUUGUGUGUUUCCCAUUGGAGCAUCUGGCUGGCCACUGUUCAAGUUCAGUUCGAUUUAUUGUGUUUAGUGAGCAGCCAUUACACACAUAAAAAUAAUAAUAACAAGAAUACUGCUAAUAAUACUGGCUUCCAUUUCUUCUCCCUGACCUUUACAGGCUAAAUCAUUUCCCAUUCCCUCUUUAAGUUUUAUUACACAAAUUUGUAAAGCCUUUUGGCGAUAAAUUUGGAUGUUCUAGGAUAUAUACCUCUCUACAUCAGACAACAAAAAGCAGGUCUUUGCAAGAGACGUCCUUCCCUUCUGCGAUCUUAACAAUGGGUGGAUCACCCACCCCACUCACACAUGAAAACAAAGACCACCACAGCCAACCACAAAUGAAUAACCACACCCUGGGCCAACCCCAACCUCUCUCACCACCAAAGGAACACAAGCGAACAGCAAAGAAGCUGCACAAGCAACACUGACACCAACCCUACAUACAGUAAGCGAAAUACAGUAGAAACAUCGCCACCCGACCCCACUCUCACCCAUCUCUCCCCCCCUCCACCUCUUUCCCCCUUUUCGUCCUAAUGUCUCAACAAAUGAAAAUGAUUUGUAAAAAUGUUACAUGGGGGAAAAACACGAGAGACAUUGCACACUUUUGUAAAUCAACAAAAUCUUUAAUAAAAACAAACAAACAAUGAGUGGAUGUAAUUAUUUCUAAGAUUAUUAUAAGAAGAGCAUUCAAGGAAUACAUCAGCUAUAUCUUCAAUUGGAACAGUGUUGCAGCUGAAAGCUCUAUAAAUGUCCCUUCUGUUAGAUGGGCUGACAUAAAGGAGUUCCUAAGGAUAGAGCUUUCAGCUGCAACACUGUGUCAAUUGAAGAUAUAGCUGAUGUAUUCCUUGAAUGCUCUUUUUAUAACAAUCUUACAAACAAUUAUAUCCACCCAUUGUUAAGAUCGCAGAAGGGAAGGACAUCUCUUGCAAAGACCUCCUUUUUGUUGUCUGAUAUGGGACACGAGUGGCGCUGUGGGUUAAACCACAGAGCCUAGGACUUACCGAUCAGAAGGUAGGCAGUUCGAAUCCCUUUGGCGGGGUGAGUUCCCAUUGCUUGGUCCCUGCUCCUGCCCACCUAGCAGUUUGAAAGCAUGUCAAAGUGCAAGUAGAUAAAUAGGUACCGCUCUGGCGGGAAGCUAAACGACGUUUCCAUGCGCUGCUCUGGUUCGCCAGAAGCGGCUGAGUCAUGCUGGCCACAUGACCCGGAAGCUGUACACCGGCUCCCUCGGCCAAUAAAGCGAGAUGAGCGCCGCAACCCCAGAGUCAGUCACGACUGGACCUAAUGGUCAGGGGUCCCUUUACCUUUACCUUUAAGUCUACCAGAUAUCUUUGCAAGGAUGGAUACAAUGGGAAAAAAGCAUACAGUCUAUUGGAUUGACAGAUCUUGAUCUCAGCAGUUUGUGAUAGCAUCUCAGUGUCUCUCAGCCAGGGGUCAGCAAACUUUUUCAGCAGGGGGCCGGUCCACUGUCCUCAGACCUUGUGGGGGGCUGGACUAUAUUUUGAAAAAAAAAUAGUGAAUGAAUUCCUAUGCCCCACAAAUGACCCAGAGAUGCAUUUUAAAUAAAAGGACACAUUCUACUCAUGUAAAAACAUCCUGAUUCCCGGACCAUCCGCAGGCCGGAUUUAGAAGGUGAUUGGGCCGGAUCUGGCCCCUGAGCCUUAGUUUGCCUACCCAUGCUCUAAGCCUUUGAAGUAUUAAUUCUUUAGCUAUCUCAAAACCCUGUUCCACAAAAAAGGAGGCAGAGAGUCCCAACCUCAUGGCAGCAGAUUGCAUUUCAUGUUUCCAUGAGUUUGGGGUGUUGGCAACUGUGAAAACAGGAUGUUGAAUUAGAUGGCAGAGGGACUUCUCGUGGUGGCGCCUGCCCUGUCGACCGCUCUCCCAUCAGAUGUCAAAGAAAUAAACAACUAUCGGACUUUUAGAAGACAUCUGAAGGCAGCCCUGUUUAGGGAAGCUUUUAAUAUUUGAUGAAUCAUGGUAUUUUAGUAUCCUGCUGGAAGCCACCCAGGGUGGCUGGGGAAACCCAGACAGAUGGGCGGGGUAUAAUAAUAAUAAUAAUAAUAAUAAUAAUAAUAAUAAUAAUGGACCACUGGCCUGAUCCAGCAGGACUGUUUUUAUCUUCUUAGGCUUUUUACUCCAGGAUUUUAGUUUAUGAUGGCUUUAUGAUACCAUGCACACACAGCCCUGGCUGAAUGUAUCAUAGGAUAAGCCUAGUUGAUUGUUUUACCUAUGAGGGCAGUAUGGAGGGGUUUGAACUUGCCCAUCCGCAAGUCCCUUUCUGAGCUCUGAUGCCUUUUCUUCUAGAUCUUGUGCAUUCACCUGAAGCGUUUCCGACAUGAGGUCAUGUACUCCUUCAAAAUCAACAGUCACGUCUCUUUCCCUUUGGAGGGGCUGGACCUCCGGCCUUUCCUGGCCAAGGAGAGCAUCUCGCAGAUCACCACCUAUGACCUCCUCUCUGUGAUUUGCCACCAUGGCACAGCUGGCAGUGAGUUGUCUGUCCCUCCUCCCAUUCUUCUUUGCCUGGAGGGAGCUUGCAUCCUGGAAUGACAUAUGUGUUGUGUGUGAUGAGCACUUCUCGUAAAUAAAGAUUAGCCAGAUAAUUAUGGAGUUAAACUGUGGAACUUGCUCCUUCAGAAGAUAGUAAUGGCCACCAACUUGGAUGGUUUUAAAAGAGGACUAGACAAAGUCAUGGAGGAUGGGGGCUAUCAAUGGCUGCUAGCCAGUAUGGCUUUGCUCUGCCUCCACAGUUGGAGGCAGCAGUGCUUCUGAAAGCUGGUUGCUGGAAACUACAGUAGAGAAGAAGGCUCUUGGGCUCUGGUUCUGCUUGCAGGUUUCCUAUUAGGGGAUCUGUUUGGCCACUGUGAGAACAGGUUGCUGGACUAGAUGGGUGAUUGGUUUGAUCUAUCAGGGCUCUUAUGUUAUUAAAAGUGCCUGUGAGUUAAUCUCCCUUUCUCCCCCCCCCCAAUAAUAUUUAUAAAUUGAAAAUGUGAAAAUGAGCCAUUUCAAUCAGUACAAAACAAUUUACAAAACAUAAAGCCAGGUCAAGGAUCACUGCAAAUAAAUCACCUCCUAUUGCAUAAUCAGCUGGAGCAACUGAGCAGGCAGAUAAAUAAAGCCUUAACUUGUUGACAAUUUCAAAUUCAUAAGCAUCUUCCUAGCAGGUUCCAGGCUACCCUUCUUCCAAACCAAAAGUUAUGACUGUAACGAUAAAUGAUAAUUUGCUGCAGGUGUGGGGCAGCUAUUUCCAUUGACUCUUGUAUCCUCAAUAAAACAAUGCUAUGUAGCUACAGACUUAGCCUGUAUGCUUUUGAUCCCUGGCCAUUCCCCCUUUUCUGUGAGGUUUUCUAGUAAAGCAAUGUGCCACGGUUUUUUUUGGGGGGGGGGAGGCAAAUAUUUUCUGUUUCAUUUUAUAAUGUACAUAAAGCAAAGAGAACAGUUAUAACAACCCACUAUUCCAACAUGCAACCUCCAGAUAAAAACCAGGCAAACCAAAGGCCUCCACUGCCUGGCAGACUUCUACCAAAAUAACAAAUUCAUAUUGACACAAGAAAUGCAAGACAAAUACCCUGGCUAAUCACCAACUACACUACAUGCCUUCUUAAACAAUCCAUAGACUCAGCAGCCACUAGGCCCUUGUCCACCUUUGAAAACCUCUGAACAGCAGAAGAACACAGCAAGGGGAUGGUAUCCACAAUAUACAAAAUACUGCUCCAAAAUCCCACAACCCCCCUUGAUGCAAUCAAAGAACAAUGGGAGCACAACAAUGAAAUUAACCCCACCCAAUGGACUAGAAUGUGGUCUAAACCUCCCUUUGAAUCCAUCUCAGCCAAAAGAAAGGAACUCACUCUGAAACUUACUUACAGGUAGUAUCUUACACCAUGAUACACCCAGGAACCUCACCAAAAUGCUGGAGAGGCUGUGCUUCUACAGGCACAUAAAGUGGUAUCUCUGGAUACGAACGGGAUUCAUUCUGGAGCCCUGUUCGCAUCCUGAAGUAAACGUAAGACGUGACUGCGCGUGCAGUUUCGCCACUUCUGCUCAUGCGCAUGACGUCAUUUUACUUCUGGGUCGCCACGGAGCGCAACCCAAAAAUAUUCAUCCCAAAGCUACUUCAACCCGAGGUAUGACUGUACCACCACAUGUGGUAAGAAUGCCCCAAAAUCCAACCCUUUGGGACAGCAGUCAUACAAGAAAUAUGCAGAAUAACAGAACAGGUAUUAGAAGUCACCCAGAACAUUUUCCAAGAUAAUAAUGUCCACUCGCAUUAUAAAAAGGUUAUAACCCACCUACUCUCAGCAGCCAGAAGCAUCAUAGCUGGACAGUGGAGAGAACUGUCAGGAGUGAACAUGGACCACUGAUACCAAAUCGUAUGGGAAAUAGCCUUACUAGAAAAGCUAACCAACAGACUGAAACUGACAUGAUCACAUACACAGCCCAACAAGACAACAAGAACCCACUGACAGCGUACAAAUAAAUAUGACUUACUUGACUCAACAAUCCCUCCCCCACUCACAAAUGCAAACAAACUUCACUGUAGCCAACUACAGACAACCAACCACACCCUGGGCCCUCCUAAUCCCUCUUACUACCAAGGAAAUGUAAUAAGUGAAUAGAAGGAGAAUCUACCCAGUUGAUGCUGACACAAAACCCCACACGUACACUAUAGAAAAGAAUACAAGUUUCACCACCCCAUCUCUCCUGUCUCCUCCUCUUCUUCCCUGACCUUAUACAGUAUACAACACAGAUGUCUCAUAUCAAAUGUAACCUAUCUGUAGAAAAGACUUUACAACCUGAAAAAAAGACAAUGCACGUAUUUUUGUAAAUCAAGAAAAAGAAUUAUUUUUUAAAAAACAGAUGAUAGUUAAAAGAUGAAAAACAAAACUAAAAUAGGGACACAUGGGUUAAAAUAAAAUUCAAGUUAUGAAACAAAAAAGUGAGAAUAAAAGUUGUCUCCACCUAAAGAAUAUUAUCAUUAUCUGAUUAUCAAGUAUAGUUCCAGAUUUGCCAGGCUUUUUCUGAAGGUUGUCUUGAAAAUGCUUUUGUUGUAUAUGUAAUAACAGAAUGCUAAAUUAUAUGAAAAGUGUCUGGAGGUUCUAGUCCUUGUUGAAAUCUCAAAUUGUGCAAAAAAUUCUGUUACAGUUAUAUUCUAAUCUAGAGUAAGUCUUACAUCCAAUGUAAGAUUUUGUGCUGUUUUCACAUGCCAUGAUUUUUUGAUACCAAUAUUCAAGGUCAUUCACUUGGGACUCUUUCCAAUCUUGCUUUCUUAAAAGGUGGGCACUACAUCGCGUAUUGCCAGAAUGUAAUCAAUGGCCAAUGGUACGAAUUUGAUGAUCAGUAUGUCACGGAGGUCCAUGAAACAGUUGUACAGAAUGCAGAGGCCUAUGUUUUGUUUUACAGGUAAGAUGUUCAAAAGUAAUUGGCCCUUGCUGGGGAAACUAGCAUUUUUAGAAAUGUCUGAAGAGCUUGAUGAGAGAGUGUUUGCCUGGGAGGAAGAUUCAAAUUUAUUUAAUUCUAGUCCUUAGGCACUUACAAAACAAAGUUUAACAAUGCAGAAGUAGAACAAGGUAGCAGAAAUAGGAAUUAACUUGGAUGCAAGUGAACUGCAAUGGAAACCAACUUAGAAGUUUGAAUUUCCUUGGUGAAUUCCACUUUCCCCUUAAAGUGGAGUGGCGAAGGGGCAGAGUACCUGCCCUGCAUGCAGAAGGCUCCAGGUUCAGUCCCAACAUCUCUAGGUUGGCCUGGGUACUCCCUUCCUGUCUGAAAUCCUGAAGAGCUGCUUCCAGCCACUGUAGAUAACCAUGAGUUAGGUGGACCAAUGGGAUGACUUGGUAUAGUUCAGCUUCCUGUUUAAAUAAGCUCUUUAUUUAGAACCACGAGGACUAGAAUCUUAACUUUAUUUAUAGGAGAAGGACCAUAGUUCACUGGCAGAGCAUCUACUUUGCAUGCAGAAAUUCCCAGGUUCAGUCCCCAAUGGCCUCUCUUGUAGGACUGAGAAGAACUUCCUGUUUGAAAACCUGGAGAGCUGGUCAUUGUAGACAAUACUGAGCUAGAUGAACCAAGAGUCUGGCUCAGUUUCUAGGAUCCAGCUUAUUUCUAUGAUUGCCAGCUGUUUUUAAUAUAGUAUUUUAAUUGUUGCAACCCAGCCUUGGACCCUAGCAUGAAGGGCAGGUAAUUAAAUAAUAGUAAUAAUUAUGAUGAGGCAGCAUUGUAGGAAAGAAUCCCCGUGAUUUGCAAUUAAACAUGGAACAGCCCCAUCAUCUGCACGGUGGUGGCUCCUGCUGCUUCAUACUGACGCCUCCACCCUCUGCGCUUUCCUCAUAAUCUUCCUCCAGGAAGAGCAGCGAGGAGGCUGUGCGGGAACGGCAGAAAGUGGUCUCGCUGGCGACCAUGAAGGAACCUGGGCUGCUCCAGUUCUACAUCUCUCGGGAGUGGCUCAACAAAUUCAACACCUUUGCAGAGCCAGGCCCCAUCACCAACCAUACCUUCCUCUGCUCCCAUGGAGGUGAGGGGGGGAGGGAGGGCUGCACUUGAGGGAAUGUUACUUGGUGCUGUGCUGAGAGGCAGGGAUCUGCUUGGCUUCUGUUUGUAGCUAGCCAGUUUUCCUCUCAGAAGCCACACAAUUUAAAUGUCCGGUGGCAGACAUGCACAGCCCGUGUGGUUCCUUGUGUUCUGCAGGUGUGUUAGCAACUACUCAGAAGGUACCUUGUUUUUCAUUACCUCUUCUCUGUUUCAUUUACUCGCAGGCAUCCCUCCAAAUAAAUAUCAUUAUAUCGAUGACCUGGUGGUGAUUCUUCCCCAGAAUGUCUGGGAGUAUCUCUACAACAGGUAAGGGGAGUAAGUUUGGGGGUGGGGGUGUUUUGUUUCAUUUUGUUUUAGUAAAAUCAAGUACCUAGUCCCUAGGGUAAGUGGAGAGCAAGUUGAAAACUUACAGUUGGGGCAAGAGCACAAGCACAAUGCAGGCUUUCUGUCCCUUCAAAUUCCUUCUCAGUGCCCAUUUUUUCUGUGAAGCUUUUGGCAUCUGGUCUCUAUUUUUCUCCCUUUUGCUUUUGUCUCCCCUUCCUCCAAUAUAAUCUCUCAUAUGUUGAACUGCUGAUUGUAAUCCAGCUAGGGCAGGUGCCUAGUCUUUUCCCCUCUGGGAAGCGCCACUAGAAGGUGCAACGUAAGAGAAAUAAAGGUCUGCAAAGCUGUACUACACCUGCAUAGCAGUUCUGUGGCUGAUGGCCUCAGAAUUGAUUGUCAGCGAUGGGGAAACUUCCAGAUGUUGCUGGCCUUCCAUAUGUUGCUGGUCUAUAGCUCCCAUCAAACCUGAUCAUUGGCUAUACUGGUUGGGGUUGAUGGGAGUUGAAGCCCACCCACUUCUAGGGACUCAACACUGCAUUCACAAAUACUUGGAGUAUAUGGGCAUUUGGUGCUGGUGUGCUUGGUCUUUCUCCCCCAUUGCCUCUGUGGUUAUGCUUCAGUCUCCUCAUGUGUUCAGGUUCGGUGGCGGCCCAGCUGUCAACCACCUCUACGUGUGUUCAGUGUGCCAGGUGGAGAUCGAAGCCCUGGCCAAGAGGAGGAAGAUCGAAAUUGACACUUUCAUCAAGGUACUCCCACAGCAGAUAGGCCUGCUGGGGUAGGGAAACAUAGUGGUAGUACAAAGUAGUACCACUAGCUGUCAGUGUCAUUCCAUCUACUGCACCUUAUGUGGGGCUUCCCUUAUGCUUGAUCUGGAAGCUGCCACAUAAGACCCAUUCUGCAUUUGUAACAACUAAAUCCUUUAGUGUGGCAGCACCUAAACUUUAGAACUCAACUUCCUAUUGAUAUCAGGCAGGCGCCUUCACUGUGCUCUUCUCUGCUAAAAACAAGCCUGCCCAGAUAUUUAGAAAGUUGAUGUGAGUCUUAAAUCUGUUUUUAGUCUAUUAUUAUUUAAUUUUUUCCAAUUAUUGUUGCAAAUUUUUCUUUGUGAUAACUUUAUCGUUUUAUAUUUUUUGUGAACUGCUUUGAGGGUUUUUUUUUUUGUAGUCAGGCAGUAUAUAAAUUUUAUUAAAUAAACAAACAAUGCUCCGGCUCAGUUAUGGAUUCUGCUGACUGGCAGUGGAAACAAUCUCUUUUUAUGUCAUUCAGAAUCAGCACGUUAAUUUGCUGCAAGCAACCGAUUCCUUCCUCUGCCCAAAGGUGUUUGCAGCUUUGAUUUCAUGUGUUUGCUUGGUAGAUUUAUACCCCACUUUUUGACAAGUCCUCAAAGCAGCUGAGGACCUUCAUAAAACACAAUAGAUACACCAAGAGCCAUUUGCUCACAAAUUGAAACUGAGUGGCCAGGCAGCUGGUGUCAGACUCUCCUUCCACCAGGGCUUCUUUGGUGGUUGGGGAGGGAGCAGUCUAACUGCAGCCACCCUUGACGCUGCCGUUGUCUGCAUCCACCUCAUGACAGAGCAAAUGAUCUGCUCCGAAUCUCUGCAAGCUCAGUAAAAUACAAUCCAUAAAAUGCAGGAGACACAUCCACAAACCUUAGAAACCUUUCAGCUCCAGAGGCUUGCAAGGAAGCUUAUGCCAGCCCUUAAAAAUACAGUUCAGCAUAAAAGGAAGAUUUGAAAACUAACCUACAAAAGCUGGUGGCUGGUGGCAGUGUUGGUGUUUUCUACCCAUCACUGCCUUUAGCUGCCAUCAUAAAACAAAUGACAAUAGCAGUAAUUCCCUCUUUGCCCUCUGCCCAUCAGCUGAACAAGGCCUUCCAGGCCGAAGAAUCUCCUGGAGUCAUCUAUUGCAUAAGCAUGCAGUGGUUCCGCGAGUGGGAGGCGUUCGUCAAAGGAAAGGACAACGGUAAAGACUGGCAGGGAGGGGAGUUGGCAGUGGAAAAGGAGGGAUGGGGAGAGAACAGGGUUGUCACCAAGUGCCUUGGAAGUGACUCAGAGGGGGAGGGGGUUUCUCUCAAUCUGUAGGGAUGGCCAACUGGCAUGCUGGCAAGCCCGUCUGCCCCUGGCCCAAGUAUGGUGGUUCUGGCAAAGUAACAGUAUGAUAAAACUUUUAUAUGAAUGUAAGGUGAUGGGAAUGGUUUCCCCCAUUUUACCCUCACAGCAGAGAGUUUGGCAGACAGUUGGAGACUAGGCCCAAGGUCCUCUGUGAGCUUCAUGGCACUUGAGUCCCGGUCUGCCAUAUCCUAGCCUGGCAGUCUAAACCUGCCCCUGUCUCUCUCUUUCAGCCUAACCUACUCCGCAGGGUUGUUGUGAGGAUGAACUGGGGAGAGGCGGAGAACUGUGUAUACACCACCUUGAGCUACUUGGAGGAAAAGUGGGCUAUGAAUAAAUAAAUGGAACUAUGGCAAAUUUAAUUUUGAACUGUACUACCUGCUAACUAGUAUUCCUUCUUUCCCGUAGAACCGCCUGGACCUAUCGACAACAGCAAGAUUGCUGUGGCAAAAGGCAGCGGUCACAUGCAGGUCAAGCAGGGUAAGGCUCCUCACAGCAGCUAUUUCAGCUCCCCCCUCCCUUCCUUUCCUGUUUUCCAUUCUGUCUGCCUCCCUCAAGAGACAGGAUCUUAGUGAAGCUGAAGCAAAGGAGAAAAUUCUGGGGCUUGGGAGAGGACCUUGAGUGGCUUUAGAAAGAGGACUAGACAAAUUCAUGGAGGGGUAAGGCUACCAGUGUCUAUUAGCCAGGAUGGAUGUGUUCAGCCCUCCAGUAUGUUCCUGAAUACCAGUUGCUGGGGAACACAUGUGGUAAGAGUGUUGCACUGAGGUCCUACAUAUGGGCUUCCCAUUGGGGCAUCUGGUUGACUUCUGUGAGAGCAGGAAGCUGGACUAGAUGGGCCACUUGUCUGAUCCAGUAGUGAGGCUGGGAACCACAAGUGGGCAGAGCUGGUGUUGCAGUUGGAUCCUGUCUACAGGCUUCCCAUGGGGGCAUCUGGCUGGUCGCUGUGCUUCAAUAGACGGGCCUUUGGUCUUCUCUAGCAGCCAGGCUCUUAUUGUGUUCUUAGUUCCCUCUGGGCUUCUCUUCUGCAACUUGCAGUGUGGAAAGAGUAGCAGCCUACCUCACAGGGUUCCUGUACAGCACUAUAAACACUCUUUUGCAAUGCUCUUAAGUUGUCUGUUAAAAUAGCAGUAAUUCCCCUCACCGUUUAAUAAUGCUUUUACUACUUUGAGGAAAGCUGUGAGAAAAUUUUGCUGUUGACAGAAGCCGUUUGGAUCUGCCCUGCCCACACCAGCGUUUUCUCUACCGCUACCUAUGCUCUUUUGGCAGGAGCCGAUUACGGGCAGAUAUCCGAGGAGACGUGGACUUACUUAAGCACAAUCUACAGCGGAGGCCCUGAGAUUGCCAUCCGGCAGAAUGUGGCCCAGGUGCAGGAGGUGGAGAACAUGCACGGGGAGCAGAAGAUUGAGGCUGAGACCCGGGCGGCCUGAGAGACAACGGACCACGUGGGGAAGGUACACUGGAGAGGCGCAGGGGCAUCCAGAGCCCCUGAGGUUAGGCUCAUGUGGAUAGCUGCUUUACCUUCUGUCGCACCAUUUCCCCAUCUAGACCCAUUACAGUCUACUCCAGGGAUGGGGCAACUGUGCCCCCCCAUCUGUUGAACUACAACUCCCAUCAGCCCCAGCUAGCAUGCUCCAGUGGUCAAUGGAUGAUGGGAGUUAAGAAGCUGCCUUUAGAAUGUUUCUGAAUCCUGAAGAAUUUAUUUAAACAAACCCCUCUGUUCCAAAACCUUUCAACAGUUUUUUUUAAAAAACACAGCAUAAAAAGCUGCCUUGUAGUGAGUCAGACCAUUGUUCUAUCUAGCUCCUUAUCGUCUACACUGACUGGCAGGGACUCUCCAGGGGUUUCAGGCAGGAUCUCUUUCCCAGCCGUAUUUGGAGAUACUGCUGCGAUUGAACCUGGGACCUUCUGCAAGCAAAUCUGGUGCUCUGCCACUGAGCUGCACCCCCCCCCCAAAUAAAGAUUCUAGUCCAAUUGUUCAGCCAGCAUGAAGUAAUUAAGUGGGAAGAUAGAAAGUUUCCUUUAUAUCGAGCCAGACCAUUGGUCCAUUUAGCUUAGUAUGAUCUACAGUGAUGGGCAGCGGCUCUCGGGAAUUUCAGGCAGGGAGUCUAGGAGAGAUUUCCAUGGAGAAGCUGGGAACUGAACCUCAGACCUGUAUACAAAGCAGGUGCUCUAUCAUGGAGCCAUUGUAUUUCACCUAAAAAUAAAAGAAAGACCCUAGUCCUCAUGGUUCUGUAUGGGUUGAACUGAAUAAGAACUUAGGGAGAUUACUUAUAACAUGUCAGACCAUUGGUCCAUCUAGCUCAGUAUAGCCGACACUGACUGGCAGUGGGUCUCCAGGGUUUCAGGCAGGGGACAUUCCUAGCUUUACUUGGAGAUGCCAUUGGGGAAUGAAGCCAGGACCUUCGACACACAAAACGGAUGCUGUACUGCUGAGCUACAUUCCACGAGUCUUGUUGGGCUACCAAGUUCCCCAUCCGUGAUCCACUCUUCUGGCUCAAGGUGCUCAGCCCUGCUACCUAAGACCCUUUUGUUCACCUCAGGUACCAGGGAUUGAACCUGGGACCGUGAGCAUGCAAAGUGUGUUCACCACCAUGGAUCGAUAGUCUCUAUGCCCCCUCAACAUACUGCUCAUCAAGCCAUCUUUGUACAACACUGCCUGACCAUGCUUUUUUGCUUGCCUGCACAGAGGAUAGAGAGAGGUGUGUGGGCAUUUGUAGAAAUUAGCCUACAGUGCAAAGGUAAAAUUUGCACCCAUUGCUCCACCCACUUUUAAUAGAAUCAUAGAAUUGUAGACUUGGAAAGUUCCCAAGGGUCAUCUAGUUCAACCCCCAGCAAUGCAGGAAUCACAGCUGAUGAAUCCCAGACAGGUGGCCAUCCAACCUGUUUAAAAACAUCCAACAAAGGAAGAGGCUACCACCUUCCAAGAUAGUCCAUCCCAGCGUCGAACAACUCACCUUCAAAAAGUUCUUCCUAAUGUUUUGCCUCACCCAAGUGGCUACCAGGAGGAUGCCCAGAAGGAAACUUGGCCCCCAGGCUGAAAAAGGUUCCCCAGCUGUGUUCUAAAAAGAAGCACAGCUCUGAUCUCUUUCCUGUGCUCUUGACAGGUUGGGCUGGCCCUGACUUCCCCUUGGGGAGUGGACAUUCUUGGGAGUGAGUCCAAACACUCUCUGCAUUUCUUUGUUUCCCUUUCUCUCAUGUUAUGGAACUGAAAAAGCAUACAACGCAGCCCCCACCACCGUCACCUUGUCCUGUUCACAGUGAGUAACACGUGUAGGAAGCGAUGUUAAUUUUGUGGGGAAAAUAGAUAUAGAUCACCUGUGUGGAGUAAUUAAUAAAAGACUUGGCUGGGUCCCUAGAUCCAAAGCACAGGACUUAACACACUUUAGCAAGAGAAACACCUCCCUGGGUUUAAAAUCACAGAAUCAUGCAGCACAGUGAAGCAAGAGGGACAUAAGUUUUUAGACCUUUUAAAUAUCCUGUUAUAGCCGUGUACAGCACUUCCCCUUCUCUACCCCUCUUGCAACGGACAGAAAACAGCAUUACUAAGUUUAAAUGCUUUACUUACAAAACACCAAAGGUUAGAUUCAUGUGUUAUUCCAUGCAGCAGCAAGAAGAACAUAGGGUGUUUACAAAAUACAGAAAUAGCACACAGUCUGAGCUUGUAGCAAGCAAGCUCAGGCAUGUCCUAUUUCUGUUCAUUCUCUUUCACCAUGCAAACUCACAAAGGAAGAAACUUAACUUACUUCCAGGUGAGGGGCGUGACCUAGCUGAGUCUAGGAACAAAGUAGUAUGAUAAUAACCCCUUCAUGCAUUAACUAGCCCUAUGCUUUUCUAGCUAUAUUUGACUGCAAUUCCCCACAAAUUUGAUGCCUAGCCUAGCACCAAUGAGACCUCGCAGGUGUCCACUUGCAGCUUCACAGGCCAGAGAGUGCCCUGCAAGUCUUGCCUUGCUGAGAAAGAGGAAGACAUCUUUGCCAGAGUUGCAUUUGUCUGGUUUUUGCUUCCUUCCUUCCUAGUUCCUGACUGGAUAGGUCUUCAUUCUGCUUGGUGUGACCUCGGAGGAAGCUUGGAGAACUAGUUUUCCUGCUUUCUGCUGGCCUCCCCAUUUGUCCUUUUCCCUUUGGCGAUCCUUGUGGCCUUUCAACAGCCCUGACCUUUUAGCCCGCUCCUUGGGCACCAAGCAUAGCCACACACCUCUUCUUGUUAAUUUGCCUGCCUCCCUCCUCUUGGAUUUCUACCAUUUCAGUAGUUGAUGUAGCAGUUCUGCUGGAGUCAGACACAGAAGAUGUUUGUGGGGUGGAUGACCUUUCAGAGUAAUGUCAGGAGUUGCUCAUGUUCUCUCUCAGCCAGAGGCAUUAGAGUGACAAAAUUUCCCCCUACUAUUGCACAUAAUUCCCCCCCCCCCUUUCUGGUGUGUAUUGGCGGCGGGGAGCUUUCAAACCACAAAGUGGAUCCCAUCAUUGUGAUUUAUUUAUUUAUUUAUUUGUAAGGAUGCAAAACUCCACCUUCCGAUUCAGGAUGCCUGUCCCCCACCCCUUCCUUGAACACAAUCCCAUUCACAUAAAGAACAAGUGCAGCUGAUCAGCUUCUUCUCAUCCCAUUGACUGUGGCCUCCCUGAAAAUGGGUGUGUGGAAGGAAUUUUGAGGAAAUGGGUACCCAUGAAUUAGCCCCUGAUGACCCCAUACUAAUCUUGUCGCACCCACACAACAGCACGACCCACUCCUGAUUGCAUGUGCAGCCAGGAACACUGGAAGCAUCUUCCUAGGGAGGUGGGCAAUACUUGAUGUUUGGGUGCAGCUGCCUGUGAAACCAAGGAAGACGGAUUGUCCCACCUGACCCGGCAGCCCCACCCUCCUCCUUUUUUGGCUGUGGGAGAACAGGGGUGUGUCUCUGUCUUUCUGAAAUGCCUCCUGCAUCCAGACUGCUGGAGGACCAGCGUUAGAACAGUUCUGAUCUGUGGUGACAGAUUGGACAGUUUCUGAGGGAAAACCAUGUAGCCCAACAAGUCUGGCACACUUGUGAAGAUAGAGCCCCCCUCCCCAAUUCCAGGAACCACUACUGCAUUUUUCUGCUCAGCAGCUGACGAGAGAUACCUUUUUGAGGGAGGUCCUGUCUCAUGUUGCUUUGCACAGUCUCUGUUUCUGUCCAGCCACAUGUACCCUCAACAUAGUUUUGUGUUGGUAAUUGGUCUAGUUCAGUCUCACCUCCCCACACCUCUUUGCCUCUCUGGCCACUCCCAGGCUUUAAUGGGGUUGCUCCAAACCAACCAUUUUUUGUUUUGUUUAUGGGAAUGGAUAAGAGCGGAUAACGGAGGGAGAAGCAUGAAGAUCUCUUUAGUGAGAUGUGGCCUUCUGGAAGCACGAAAUCCUCUGCUGCAAACAGCAACCACUUCCGCCUCUUUUUAAAGAGAACUCUCUUGCAGAAGUUUCUCCAUCUUUUUGUUGCUGCUUUCCCUGUUGACCUGGAUCUGUAAAUGCCUAAAAGAGCAUCCUCCUAGGCACCCGAGGAGCGUGUGGGGAGAUGACUUGCUGUGGGGGGGUGUCAUUUCUGCUCUUACCAUGGAACGCCCUUUCCGAGGGCAGCCUCUGUUUGUGCUCUGUGGGUGGUGCCUUAAAAGAGACCGAGUACGUUAUGGAGUGUCAAACUCUUGUGCUCAAAUUCCUUCCUUUUGUGCUAAGACUGUUGAGCCAAUAAAAAACGCUUGCAUUCAGAAGCUGUGUAAAUAUU